AUGGGCCGCAAGUUCUUCGUCGGAGGCAAUUUUAAAAUGUAUAGACUUGGCACCGGCAUCUCUAUCUGUUUACUGUGCACUGACCUUGAAUCACUCCCCAGGAAUGGGACCAUCAAGUCCAUCAAGGAAAUCGUUCACAAUCUUUCCACAGCUAAACUUGAUCCCAAUACUGAAGUGGUCGUCGCUCCUCCGAGCUUGUACCUCCUCCUUACCCGCGAACACUUGUCUCCCAAUAUCGAAGUUGCAGCCCAGAACGUUUUCGACCGACCUAAUGGUGCCUUCACCGGUGAGAUUUCUGUGGCUCAGUUGAAAGACAGUGGCAUCACCUGGACAUUACUGGGCCACUCCGAGCGUCGUACUAUUCUGCGUGAAGAAGACGAGUUUGUGGCUUGCAAGACAAAGGCAGCAUUGGAUGGUGGUAUUGGUGUCAUCCUGUGCUGUGGCGAGAGUCUAGAGGAAAGAGAGAAGGGAAUCACCGUCGAUGUGGUCACAAAACAGUUGGACGCUGUCCAUAAAACCAUUGGCAAAGAUGGCUGGAACAACGUCGUAAUCGCAUAUGAACCUAUUUGGGCCAUUGGAACAGGAAAAGUUGCUACGACUGGUCGGUCCCAAGAAUUGAUCCUUCUCUCUACCCCAAUGCUGGUGAUAAAUUUUGCUAACACUAUCUUCAACCAUACAGACCAAGCACAAGAAGCCCAUGCAGCAAUCCGAAAAUGGCUUGCUGAUGCUGUCUCUCCCGAGGCGGCUGAAAAUACCCGAAUCAUCUAUGGCGGUAGUGUGAGCGAGAAGAACUGCAGAGAUUUGGCCCAGCAGCCAGACGUGGAUGGAUUCUUGGUUGGCGGUGCCAGUUUGAAGCCGGCGUUUGUCGACAUCAUCAACUCCAACGUCUAG